UUCCGCUACCGUGUGGGACGGGACUAAUGUGACGGUCUCCUCUGCGUAUCUCGCUCCCACUUGAAAGGCGGAGUUUGUGUGUGUUUUUUAAAGUGGAAAACAAGGCUAGGAAAACGAAACUUAAUGCGCUCUGACGGGGAGGGAAAAGGUACAAGUGAGUUCCGGCUGUGGACACAGGACUCCCGUGCGCUUCCGAGCCCUGCACUGCUCGGCCGAUGGACAGGCAGCCGCUGCUCAGAAACCUUGAAGCCGACCAACCAUGUCAGCCCCUGGAUCCCAAGCUAUUAGCUGUGGCUGCAGCUCAAGCUUACCCCGAAGCUUCAGGAGCCGAGGGAUUUGCCUCCGCUCCGUCAGUUCACCUGCUGGAUAACGUGACUGGAUACGAGGGGACCACAGCAGAUGGGGAGAGGUUUGUUCCCCCGCCUGUUUUCUCGGAGGCAGCAGCAAGGAGAGAUGAGCCUCAUCCACAGAGGGCGUGGAGUAUUCCAUCCAUCACUGAGGAGACGGCCAGAGAGGCGUUUAUUCAGUAUGCAUCCAGCACCUGUUGCUACAGUUCCAAGCCGGCCAAAGAAAUGGUCUUUCUAGAUUUAAAACCGUGUAACGCCUUUAGAUAUCGCCUGGAAAGCUUCACUGAAUCCAGAUCGACUGAGUGGACAUCAAUGCCUUAUAAAGGUCAGUUUGUGGACAGCUGCACUUAUGGGGCUGCCCCCCUUCCCUGGAAUAUUAUAGUGGAAAUACCACAAAUGUUUCAGAACGACAUCAGGAAGGUCCCAGUGCCACACACUUCAUCCAUUAAGGGAUGUCACGCAUGCAUGGCGAUGGGUAGAAGGGCAUGUACCAAAUGCACUGCAACUGGACGGGUGAGAUGCCAUAUGUGCAGCGGUCGUGGAUACAGACUUGAUGACAGAUGCAAUCCCUGCCACGGUACUGGGCUUAGAGGCUGUACUUCGUGUUCCGGAUGUGGUACAAACCCCUGUGAGACAUGUGAACAAAGCGGACAGCUCAUGAUGCACAUCCAGCUAACAGUCAAGUGGAAAAAUAACGUUAAUGAAUACGUUGCUGACCGACAUAUCGGACUUUCUUUAGAACUGUAUACGAAAAUGGCUGGGCAGAACAUCUUUACCGAUGAACAGCCCAUGGUCAGUCCUAUCUUGGCGUUUCCAGAAAUUCAGAUCAGUCAGGCCUCCCAGAAGAUCAUCCAGGAGCACCGACAGCAGCUGACAAGAACUUCUCUCAUCAUCCAGCAGCGUCAAACAAUUGAGUUCAUUCCCGUCACUCAGGUAUACUAUGAGUGGAAAGGAAACGAAUACCAUUACUUCACAUGCGGCAUUGACAACAAAGUGCAUGCUCCGGACUACCCCGCCAAGUGUUGCUGCACCAUUCUAUAAGCUGUCAUUCCAUCAACUCUGCUCACCCAAGCUCCAUGAUGCACCCGUAGCCCAAAGAUCCAAAAGCCCUUAUCAAACUCUGCACUUUCCUGUUGAGUUAACGCCACUAAAAUUGGAUCAGCUGUCCCUUAUCAAAGGAUAAGAAAAUGCCAACAUUAUCACAUUGAUUACCCACUCGAUUGAGUUCUAGAUUAGGAUUAGUCCUGGUUCAAUCCUUGAUCAGCCACUGAUGGAUUGGACACCACAAUGAGGUUAGGGUAAAGGGAUAGGGAGUGACUGAGAUAUGGCAGAGGGAGAGACUGACAUGGGCAGAGGGAGAGGCUGAGAAACACACAUGAACAAAGAGAUUGAAAGAGAGACACCAGCAGACAACCCGAGAAACAGGCCCUUUGGCCCAACUGUCUACGCCAUUUAAGAGGCCACUCGGUGAUUCCUAUUUGCCUGCAUUCAUAUCCCUCUAAAUCUU